CAUUAUCUAGGAAGUUUCCUCUGACAUCUAAGAUGAUUAAUCAUUCUAUAAAUAAGGGGGAUCGGAUUCUCCCUUAAUUGCCUCUGAUCCAUCAAUUGCAACGGAAUGGAGAAGGUGGGCGAUUCUCACUGGUCUUCAGAUCCCGUUUCGCCAACUAGUAACGAGAUGAUGAAGGCUAAGUCUCCAGAAAUGCGUUUGGAAAAGAUAAAAGGCGUCUUAGAAAAGCUUCAAGGUUCUAGGAAGUUUCCUCUGACAUCUAAUAUGAUUAAUCAUUCUAUAAAUAAGGGGGAUCGGAUUCUCCCUUAAUUGCCUCUGAUCCAGCAAUUGCAACGGAAUGGAGAAGGAGAAGGUGGGCGAUUCUCACUCGUCUUCAGAUCCCGUUUCGCCAACUAGUAACGAGAUUAUGAAGGAGCCUCCGCGGAGACUCGGCAUAGGUACUCCAGAAAUCUGUUUCGAAAAGAUAAAAAGUGUCUUAGAAAAGCUUAAAGGGGGAUUACCUCUUUUAUUUAUUGGAUUACCUCUCUUGUUUUCAACAUCCUAUUGGGCGAUAAUGGGAAUGGUGAUGAUCAUGGGUUACCUCCAUACUCAGAAGUAUAAAAUGGAGUUAGAAAAUGAGUGGGGCGAUGCGAUCAAAAAUGCAAUCAAGUCAAAACUUGAUGCAAUUAAGUCAAUAAUUGAUAAUGAUGAUGGAUCAUCAAACUUUAGCGGCAGGAUCCCUGAUAUAUUGAUUCCCGAAUUUGUUGCUCGGCAUACGGAAGUACUCUAUCAUGGUGAAAAAGAAUCAGAGUUCGGAAAUUACCACAAUGGAAGAGAUAGGACAGUAAUGGCCAUGGAUUGCAUUCAGAGUAAAACGUCACGAGUGCCGAUGUUGCAAGAAAUUGCGUCACAAGUGCCAAAAGUUGCUGAUACGAAAAUCACAAUGGAGCAUAGUAAAAAUAGUCGGUGGUGGUGGUGGUGGUAGUAAUGGUGGAGUUAGAAAUAAAAUAAAUAUUUAAAAUUAAUUUUUAACUUUAAAAGUUAUGUAUGAAGUUUUUUUAGUUGUAAUUUUUGGUGGAGUUAUGGUCAGAGUCGCCCUGGAUAGGUCUAUCAGGAUUAGGGGUGUAAAUGAAAUAAAUCGAACGGAAUAUGUUGAAAAAUUUAAGGUUCAAAUUCGACUCAAAAUAGGUAUAUUCGAGUUCGAGUUCUAUUCGAAGUUCGAAAAUUCUAAAAUUUUGUGUUCGAGUUCGGUUCGAAUUAGGCUCGAGUUUGAGUUCGAUUUAAAAGAUUCGAAUGUGUUUGCGAACUAUUCGAACUAUUGCUCAAAAAACUACUCGAAAGAUUCGAAAUUUAUUUAUUUAAUAUAUAUUUAAUUUAUAUUAAUAAAAUAUUAAAGCUAGCGAGUAGCUCGUGAACUAUCGAACAAUAUAAUUUGGGUUCAAGUUUUGCUCGAAAAAAAGUUCGAACAUAUUCAAAUUCAGUUCGAAUACUAAUCGAAUAUUUUUCGAGCUGGCUCCAAAAACUCAGCCAGAGGCAACAGAGAGCACCGCUGGAGUCCUCGAGGAGGCGAUCACCACCCACAUGGCCUUCUGCAGCAAGUCAUCCAGCUCCAAUCUGGCCAACAAGGUCACCGACUGCAUGCGGCAAAUGCUGAGGCAGAGUUUUUUGGCGAUUUGUCCAACUCCGCAUCGUCCGUCAAGUUCAGAUUCAGAAUGGCAAGGAUCGGCGACUAGGUUUUCCAUUCAUUCGCAGUAUCUCGUUUCUUCUCUCGCCCCCUUCGAUGUACAUAUUGGCUCAAUGAAAUUGCUCUUUUUGAGGAUAACAUUCAAACGUCCAACUUUGUUGAA